CCUGUCUUGUGCCGGAGAUCACCUGCUUGGUCGCUGCGAGCCAUAUAGCAAGAUGUCUUCAGGAAAUGCCAAAAUUGGGCACCCUGCCCCCAACUUCAAAGCCACAGCUGUUAUGCCAGACGGUCAAUUCAAAGAUGUUAGCCUGUCUGACUACAGAGGAAAAUACAUUGUGUUCUUCUUUUACCCUCUUGACUUCACCUUUGUGUGCCCCACGGAGAUCAUCGCUUUCAGUGAUCGGGCAGAAGAAUUCAAGAAGCUCAACUGCCAAGUGAUUGGUGCCUCUGUGGAUUCCCACUUUUGUCAUUUGGCAUGGGUCAACACACCCAGGAAGCAAGGUGGACUGGGACCCAUGAACAUUCCCUUGGUGUCGGACCCCAAGCGAUCCAUCGCUCAGGAUUAUGGCGUCUUAAAGGCUGAUGAAGGCAUCUCUUUCAGGGGCCUUUUUAUCAUUGAUGAUAAGGGUAUCCUUCGCCAAAUCACUGUAAAUGACCUCCCUGUUGGCCGCUCUGUGGAUGAGACUCUGAGAUUAGUUCAGGCCUUCCAGUUCACUGAUAAACAUGGUGAAGUUUGCCCAGCUGGCUGGAAGCCUGGUAGCGAUACCAUCAAGCCUGAUGUCCAGAGGAGCAAAGAAUAUUUUGCUAAGCAGAAGUGAGCCCUGGCUAGUCUUACGGCCAGGCUG